AAUAAUUAAUGUUUGUAGACUCUAUAAUGAUAUUCAUAUCAGGCCAUCUCAAAUCUAGAUACAUUUGUAAAUAGCCAUGUCCACCAAGCUGAAAAAUAAAGUUAUUGUACUGUUGUCGUGGGCACUUCUGCUGCAACUAGAUCUAGAUCUAGAUCACUUUGCUCUGGCUGCUGAAAUCACAAAAGAGGAAGAUCUGCUAACAGUGUGUCCUGGAGAGUUGGUCUCUCUCACUUGCACUCAUGACAAUGUUGUUGGUGGGCAAACUCGCUGGAAAGUCAGUGGUCCGGUGUCUUGUGUUAGAUUAGUUCUCCAUGAUGCCGGGUUGCAAGAAGACGUCUGUGGUACAUUCACUAUCACCAUGAUCAGUGAUGACUCCGGGUCUACACUGAGCUCGACUUUUCAGAUACCUGCCACUGAAACACUAAACACUACUCUGGUGACGUGCCUCGCUGGUGGCAGUGUGUCUUCUCCACAAGCUGGCAACACCACACUCAAUGUUAUAAAUAUGACUUCUUUAACUAACUGGAUGGCUAAUCUGAGAGCCAACAGUUUAUGUCCUGUUCUGGAGUGGGACACACUGGACGCACCAUACCAGAGAUGUGUCACCAGCUACACCGUCAACCUGAAUGGAACAGUGUAUAAUACCACAAACACAUCUCUAUCAUUAGCUGGAGAGAGCCUCCCUUACUAUGAGACUCAGACAGUGACUGUGACACCACUCACACUCAAUGGACCCUUGUCUCCAGACACCUCAAAUAUCACUGUAAUCAAUCCAGACUUGGGGACUCCAGCAUUAUCCACCUCCUUCAUAAUCCAAAAUGAAGCACUGAAGCUCCAAAUAGUAUUCCAGGAAGUUUCAAUUGAUAUUGCACCCAUUCGAAUGUUCGGAUACAUAACGAGUGGAGAGGAUUGUGUUCCUACCGCAUCAUUUAAUGGAAGUUCAUUUGCAAUCGAUUUCUCAGACCAAUCUCCCGGAGAUGCUUACACAGUGUGUGUGAUGUUUAGAAACAAGGACUGCUCUGCUAUUAACUCCACCACCGUGACCAUUCCAGCUACAAUGAUUACCAUACAAGAAGUCACACCAUCAGACACUAGUUACACGAUCCGUUUGUCCCUCCCCUUCACUGGCUACCCUCCCAGUGACCUGCUCAUUGUCUCCACCCUCUCUCCCCCUCACUCUGAACCAAUCAUCCGCCCUUUCCCCUCCACAACCAACCAAAUCACAGUGACUUUCACUGACAUCACUGCUGGAGUCUUCUACACCUACACAAUUAGAGUUGUUUUGGCCAGCAACCAAUCAAAUAACGUCGUAUCUCCAGUCACUGGAGAAUUCAAUUUGACAACAUUAGGAGGUGGUGGAGGAGGAGGAGAAUCAACAUUCCCAGUUGCAGCUGUAGCAGGGGCUAUUGGUGGCAUCGCUGUUCUGUUGUUUUUCAUAAUCAUUGUCACAAUCGUCAUUGUCAUCACUCGACGUAGAACCAGCAAUCUAUAUUCCAAAGAAAUAGCUCAUCAGGAAACACCAUGUGUCAUUAAUGAAGAAUCAGAUUAUGCUGUGCCUCAAGAUUUGAAAUAUAGGGGAUCCAGGUUUAGCAAUGUGCACUUGACAGACAAUUUCUUGCAGUGUAAGAGUUCCACUCCCAAAUCAACUUCUCCUAACAUCUCUGAUGAAGGCAUUUAUUCACUGGUGUUCGACGCUCUCCCCAAUGGCACAUCCCAAACAGUUGUCAGUGUGAAGAGCAAUGUACUGUAGCAGGCAAUAAUAACUUGCUUGUCACACACAAACUGGUAUACGCAGACUCACAAUUGGCAUGCAAUUCAUUGAUUUUUUUGUGCAGGUAUUAAUUAUUGUGUUCACUGGCAGGUAUUAUAACUAUUUUUGUUUUCACA